AUGACGGGAAAAAGAAUCCAAAACAGCUCGGGGGGCAGUCCAUUAUCAGGUAACAUCUCGGAUAGUAAGGAGCAAGAUCGAUUCCUUCCUAUUGCGAAUGUAAGCCGGAUCAUGAAAAAAUCCCUCCCUCCAAAUGCAAAAAUAUCGAAAGAAGCCAAAGAAACUGUCCAAGAAUGUGUAUCCGAGUUCAUUAGCUUCAUCACAGGCGAAGCCUCAGAUAAAUGCCAAACAGAAAAGAGGAAGACUAUCAAUGGAGAUGAUCUCUUAUGGGCUAUGACAACAUUAGGAUUCGAAAGCUACGUUGGACCCUUGAAAGUCUAUCUCAACAAGAAUAGAGAGGAUGAGGGGGAUAAGAACACCGUCAUUAGACAAGAGCCCUCCCCUACUAGUGAUCCUGAGAUUGGUAAAAUUACUGAUAAUUUGUACAGCUUUAACAGUGAUUUUCAUGCACAAGUCACUGCAAAAGGCCCAGGAGGUAACCACAAGGUUAAUAUUGGCUAUGGUGAAAAUUUGGUGUCUGCGAGCUAUGAAUUUGAUGGAAAUGUUAAAAGGGUCAUUGCAACUAAUCUUCAUCAUGGCAUUGAGUGGUAG